AUGGAGAUUGAUCGUCGUGAAGAUGUUGAUGUGUCCCUAAUGACGGAAAACGCUUCUGUGGCUGUGGGCGCAAUCGUUGCCGAGGAACCUUUGUUAGUUGUGGAUUCUGCUGCAGGCAUGGCUUUCGACCCUCCAUUUUUGGUUCCUUUUGAAGGUAACGUGCUGAUCGGAGGCUUUAGUGUACCAGUUAAAUAUGAGGAGUUGUAUAGAAAAAUAGGGGAAAGGUAUGGACAUAUCGCCACAACCCAAAAUAUCACUAGACGAUUUGCGUUGUUCAAGCGUGUGGAAGAAGCCUUAUCUUCAAUUCAUGACAUGUGCAAUGUGAUUGGCCACACUGUUUUUAGAGAUGUAGUCUCAACCUGGAAGUUCCACCAAGAUAUGUGCGUAGACAUCGAGUUUAACGCCUCUUGGUUCUGUGAAGGAUUUUCCAAGAUCCAAAAGUUGCAGGCUGAAGCGGUCGAAGGUCCCUCCGCGGAUUUGAUCCAUCAACAGGAAGCGGAAAUCGAAAAGUUGUCUCAAGAGUUGAAACUGAAACAGGCGGCUCUUCAAAGCAUGAAGGAUGCAACGGGAAGCGUGGAUAUUCUGGGUCUGGCUUCUCUUGCAUCAGCGGCUGCGGUAGGAAUUCUGGUGGGUUUUGGUAUAAAUCUCUUUUCGAGGGCGGAAUUGAUGCUUGAGCGAUCAUGGAUUCAUGAGCGGACCGUUUACUUCCACCAUAUUGCUGAAGGGAUACAUCUGGGAAAUUGGAAUCUUUGGCUGUUCAUUGCUUUUGAAAGCGUCUCCUACUUAAGUCUGGCUCAAAAUUUUCAGGAAUAUAUAGUGGAAGCUCUGUCAGAGAAGACAGUCUUGCUCGUUACGCAUCAAGUUGAUUUUCUCCCUGUAUUUGACUCUGUUUUGCUGAUGUCUGAUGGUGAAAUCCAACAAGCAGCUCCAUAUCACAUGUUGUUGUCUUCCAGCCAAGCAUUUCGUAACCUUGUUAAUGCUCACAAAGACACAGCUGCUUCUGAAAGACACAUCAAGGUAGCUUCUCUUGAUAAGGGUGGAACCUCCUCCGAAGAGACAGGGAAAGGUUAUUGCGGGAUUCAGACAAGAGAUUCACUUGAGCAUCAGCUGAUUGAGCAAGAAAAUUAUUGGAUGGCUGCUAAUGUUCAGAACCCUCGAGUCGGCAAAUUACGGCUGAUUGUGGUAUACACUCUGAUAGGAUGUAGCUCAAUGUUCAUUUUACUCUUGAGAUCUCUUUCUACAGUUGCUUUAGGGAUGGCGUCUUCAAAGUCCCUAUUUAAUCAGCUACUGAACUCUCUUUUCCGUGCACCAGUAGCUUUUUACGAGUCUACACCAAUGGGAAGAAUACUGAGCCGGGUAUCCUCUGAUUUGAGUAUUGUAGACCUAGAUCUUCCAGCCAGCUUUGUUCUGGCUGUUCUAGCUAUACUGAAUGUGUCAUCAAAUCUUGUAGUCCUUGCUGUUAUUACCUGGCAAGUUCUGUUUGUUUCCAUACCGAUGAUCUAUAUGGUGAUUCUCUUACAGUCGUCUUUAAACCAGACAGAGAUACUACUCUGCUUCUGCAAAAGAACUAAGCGGAUUAAUGGAACCACCAAGUCCAUGAUAGCAAACCAUCUUGGGGAAUCUAUAGCAGGAGCUAUGACGAUAAGGGCUUUUCAAGAGGAAGAUUGUUUCUUUGCUGAGAAUCUAGAUCUCAUUGACAAAAAUGCUAGUCCUAGUUUUCACAUUUUCUCUGCAAAUGAGUGGUUGAGCCAGCGCUUAGAAAUAUUUUGUGUGAUUAUCCUUUGCUCCUCAGCCCUUGUGCUUGUUUUGCUUCCUGCAAAAACUUUUGGUUCUGGAUUUGUCGGGAUGGCACUGUCUUAUGGUCUUUCAUUGAACCUAUUCCUUGUUUUUACCGUUCAAACCAAGUGCACUCUAGAAAAUCAUAUCAUUUCUGUAGAAAGGCUACACCAGUUCAUGCACAUUCCUAGUGAAGCUGCAGAAAUCAUAGAUGGAAAUCGACCCAUGCCUAGUUGGCCUGCAGUAGGUAGAGUGGAGAUCUAUGAUUUGGAGAUCAGGUAUAGGCUCAAUACUCCAAUUGUUCUUCAAGGGAUUAGUUGCACAUUUGUAGGAGGGCACAAGAUCGGGAUUGUUGGGCGAACGGGCAGCGGGAAGUCAACUCUGAUAGGUGCAUUGUUCAGACUCAUAGAACCAGUGAGGGGGAAAAUCAUCAUUGAUGGCAUUGACAUCUCAAGAAUCGGGCUUCAUGAUCUUCGAUCACGCCUAGGGAUCAUACCUCAAGAUCCUAGACUUUUUAUGGGAACUGUCAGAUACAAUCUGGAUCCACUUUCUCGACAUACAGACCAGGAAAUUUGGGAGGUUCUUGAUAAAUGUCAACUUCGAGAGACGGUACAAGAGAAAGAAAACGGCUUGGACAGCUCAGUUCACCAAGAUGGUGUAAACUGGAGUAUGGGACAGCGACAGUUAUUUUGUUUGGGACGAGUUAUGUUAAGAAGGAGUCAGAUAUUGAUUCUGGAUGAAGCUACUGCUUCUGUCGACAAUGCAACAGACUCUAUUCUUCAGAAAACCAUACAGACAGAAUUUGCAAGUUGUACAGUUAUUACUGUAGCCCAUCGAAUUCCAACUGUUAUGGACAGUACAAUGGUGCUUGCAAUCAGUGAUGGGAAGAUAAUAGAAUAUGAUGAGCCUAUGAAAUUGAUGAAGGAAGAAGGAUCUUUAUAUGCACAGCUCGUCAAGGAAUACUGGUCUCACAUCCAUUCUGCAGAAUCACUGUGA